CCUACCCAGCCCUCUGCUUAGCUUGGCUCUUUCCUUCCCCUGCGUUGCUUUCCUUUACCCCACCGUCCCAAUGCUGCCACACUGGCAGGUCCAAAUUCUGCAACACCUGUAAAUCUUUCAAUUUAUGCUUGAUUUUCCAUUUUCUUUAUUAUUAUUUUUUUCUUGAAGAAAUUUCACCUGUGGAUUACACGAGUAAGGAAACAAGACUGUGAUCACCGAGUGGAAAUGGAAUAAUUUAAUAACUUGGACACUUUUUACAGAUAAGUGGACGUUGAUUGGAUUCCUACCGAAGCUGUGAUAUUUCCAUUCACUUCUGCAUGAGGAGGCUUUGCCCCCAACUCAAAGGAUUAUAGCUAAAGUUGUCUCCAUAUCACCAUGGCUGAAGCCAGUGGAUCCAAUAGAGCAGCUGCACCACAGACAGGCUCCCUUAAGUCCACCAAAGGUCUGGGGCUCCUCGGGAAGCUGAAAAUGUCUGCGGAGCUGCUGAUUGCCCUGGCUGCUCUCCUUUCCUGGGUGGUGGUGGGAGUGGUGAUGUUUGACUUUGUGGAGUACAAGGCAGUCCCUGACAUUCAGCAAAUAGUUUCGGACCCCGUGCAAGCUGUAAACGACGCUGUUGAUGAAGUAUCCAGUCUGUUCAAUAAGUUUCAAGAAUGUGCUCCUGAUUUAAGUGACCCCAUGUCCGCUGCCACUUACGCAGCUGAGGAAAUAUCGGACGCAAAAGAUGGAUUUGUUCGCUAUUUUUCAGAUGACGAAGGGAACUUCUACCUCAGCUAUGUUGACCCUGUGGUCUUCGGGAGACAAGCUUUCCAUUCAACCAAUGAUUUCAUGAGUGGCAGAGCGGGCACCUUCAGGGACACACUGUGUGCUAUUGUGGACACUGUAUCUGACAUAUUAUUGAAUAUAAAUAAAGGAAAAAUUGACCUUAGCUACAUUGACCCUGUGGUUAUAGGCAGAGGUGUCUUCAGUGUUACUAAUGACUUUGUGUGUGGAGUGGGGGGCUACAUCCAGGAUGUGCUCUGUGCCAUUUUGGACACAAUUCUGGAUGUAGUGAAAGGAACCAUGGAUAUAAGCUUCAUGGACCCUGUGGUAGUUGGCAGAAACGUCUUCAGUGCUGCUGAUGACACUGUGAGUGGAAUAGUGGGCUACAUCCAGGACAUGCUCUGUGCCAUCGUAGACAGUAUACUGGAUAUAACAAAAGGAACCACUGACAUUAGCUUCACUGACCCUGUGGUUGUUGGCAGAAAUAUUUUCAGUGUUACUAACGACUUUCUGGGUGGAAUAACAGGAUACAUCCAGGAUGUGCUCUGUGCCAUCUUUGAUGUAAUACUGGACACAGUAGAAGACAUCCAGCAUGCUAUGGGAUUCAGCCCCAUGUCAGCUCUGAAGAGAACAGCAGAAAUCAUCACAGAACAGAUAAACAUGCUCUGGAGCUACAUCUCCACAACGCUGAUUGGUGAACAAGGGAUCAUGCCUGAAGUGUCUGUUGACCCCAUGAAAGUCAUUGAAGAUGCUGUGUUGGAGUUCACAGACAAGAAAGAUUUGUUUGUGGCUUACAUGUCGAGCAUGCUCGUUGGUGAUCAAGGUGAACCUGUUGCCACACCUGUUGUAAAUGUCAUUUCUGAAAAAGAUGAAACUGUGGCACCCCCAUCCCCAUCUGAUAUACAUUUGGUACGAAGGAAAGGUGAAUUCCUGCCACCUUUUGAAAAAGUUACAGAGAUUAUGAAAGCUGCCAAAGAUGACGCUGCUGCUGCUGCUGCUGCUGCUGCAGCUGCAGGGUUAAGUGAAGCCCCAGACUCAAAGAUCGAGGAGGAGGCUGAAGUUCCCACUGAAGUUGCCAGUGAAGCAGAUGGGAAAGAGGCAGCUGAUGUGAAACAUGUCAGCCUUGAAGAGACUGAACAUGAACCAUCACUGGAAGAAGGAGAAGAGGUUGAUAUUUUGGAGGAGGAUGCUGCACAUGACAAGGAGGAAGAAGAGGAGAAAGGAGUUGGUACAGAAGAAGAGGGCGAUAUUAAAACAGAGAUUGAAGAAGAAGCACAGGAGCCACAAACUGGAGAAGAGGUGGUAGAAGCUGAGGGGGAGGAAGAGAAGACCAAAGCUGAAGACUUUUUGGUACAAAGGGAGAAGGAGGAGGAAACAAAAACAGAACCAGAUGCAGAAAAAGAUGAGGAGGGGGAAAAGGAGACCAAAAAGGAAGAUUUGGUAGAGGAGGAGGACACCAACGCUGAAGAAGUUUUGGUAGAAGGGGACGAGGAGGAGGAUGAGGAGGAAACAAAAAAAGAAGAUGCACUAGAAGAAGAGGAGAAGACCAAAACUGAAGAUAUUGUAGAAGACGAGAAGGAGGAGACAAAAACUAAGGACUAUUUGGCAGAAGAUGGGGAGGAAGAGGAGGAGGAAGAGGAGGCGGAGGUGGAGGUGGAGACCAAAACUGAAGACCAUUUGUUGAAAGCUAAGGAAGAGGAAGAGGAGGAGACAAAAACUGACGUUCUGGUAGAAGAUGUGCAGGAGGAAAAGAAGGAGGAGACCAAAACUGAGGAAGAGGCUGAUGAGGAAGGGAUUAAAGAUGAAGAUCUUCAAGUUGGUGAAGAAAUAGACAAAGAAAACAUUGAAAUACCUGACACCGAUGUCAAAGAUCAGUUUGUAAAAACUGACCAAGAUGAUCAAGCUUUAGAUAUGGACGAUGAUGAGGCUUUGGAAGAGGAGGAAGAAGGAGAAAAACUGGACAAAGUGGAGAUGGUGGAGGUAGAUGAUGAAGACAAAGAGCCAUCUGUCCAACAACUUGAUCUGAAAAUUCUGUUAGCUGAAAAACGCGAUAAUGCCAGUGUAGUGCCUGAAUCUGAUGAUGAGGAAGAAGAAGAAACAACUGUUCACGACCAAGACGAAUACUCUGACAUCAUCGACGAGCAUCGUGAUGAAAACAACAACAACAGUGAAAGUGGGAAAACUGACCUGAAACGAAAGAGGAAGGUUCAUAUUCCCUUUGAGAAGCUCAGAAGACUCGGAUCCAGAGCUGCUCACAAACAUCACCUUCACAAACAUGAGAAAGUUCUCAAAGAGGCAAAGGAAAGACAUGCAAUGAAAGAAGUUAAAGAUGCCAUUAUUAAAGACCUCAAAGCCGCAGAAACUGAAAAGGAGAAAAGAGACAAGGAGCCCAAAAUUGAGGAAACCAUAGAGAUACAACUAAAAGAAGAAAAGCUAAAGGAGGACAAACCCCUUGAAAAGAAACCACUGAAGCCCAAAGAAAAAGAACCUAAGGAGAAGGAAGAAUCUAAGAAACCAUCCACAGAAGAGGCAGAAGUAAGGAAGCCUAAGGAGAAGGAAGAAACUGAAAAGAAAGUGAAAGAAGUAAAGAAACCAUCUAAAGAAGAGGAAGAAGUCAAGAAGCUAUCUAAAGAAGAGAAAGAAGACAAGAAACCUCUCAAAGAAGAGAAGGAAGUCAAGAAACCAUCUAAAGAAGAGAAAGAAGAUAAGAAAUCUCUCAAAGAAGAGAAAGAAAAGAAACCUCUCAAAGAAAGGAAAGAAGUCAAGAAAUCAUCUAAAGAAGAGAAAGAAGACAAGAAACCUCUCAAAGAAGAGAAA